AUGGAACCCACUGAAACCGAAACGUUUGACGAAUUCAAACGGAAACGAGAGCGUGAGACGUCCAUUGAAUCACAAGUGCCCGAAGCUUCUGCCAAGAACUCGACCAAUGAAGAUGAAGACAAAAUAGCAGUUCCGGCUAAAAAAACACGCCACGACACAGCUUUAGAAGAAAGAAAUCGGAGAGAGGGAUCAGAAGCUCCUGUUCGAGCACUGGCACAAAAAGUAGAAACAUUAAAGGUUGAGGGAAGUACUCUUGGAGAAUAUUCGUCCGAAAUUAAAAAUAAUAUUACGGAAGCGCAACCCAUGAUUAUCUCCAAUGAUCUGGAUCCUGUUGCUUCUAAAAAACGCCAAAUAAGUGAACCUAGUAUAGAAAGUGAUUCUGACCAGACGAAGAUUAUAAAUAACACUCCACGAAAGCUUUCACGCACUUAUUCCGAUGAUAAAAAAAUUCAUGUUGAAGAUACUGAGAAAAUUACACCUAGAAAAGAGAAAAGUCAAACUGAUAAAGAAGAUUCUCAAGAUAAUGAAAUAGCACCAGAAAAAAGCAAAGACACAUUAGAAUCAAAUGAAUCUGAAGUGAAUGCUGCUUGCCCAGAAAAACCACUGUUCCCUGCAACAAAAACAUCUCAAAGUGGCAAUAUUUUUCCUAAACUUUCUAUUCCUUCUACAACUCCAAUUUUCGGAACUACAAAUUCACUUGCAAGAACAUCAACUUCUUUUGGGGUCACAAGCCAGUUGGCUACAUCACCAACCUCAAAUUCUUCCUUUGCGACGAUAACUUCACCCAGUUCUUUUAAGGCUUUCGGAUCAACAAGUUUUACUUCAUCCUCGUCGUCCCCUUCCACCUCAACCUCUAAGGCUACACCAUUCUUAAGUUUUGGUGUGCCAGACGCAAAAUCUGAAAAGUCAUUCAGUGCAUUACUUGCAAUAUCACCAACCACCGCAACGGAUGAACAUCAGGAUAAAGAUAAGGAAGGAGAAAUAUUUGGAACCUCUUCAAAACAAUUACUCUCGGAAAAAGAAGUUAAGACAGGGGAAGAGGAUGAGGAUACACUGUUCACAUCGAGAGCCAAAUUAUAUUGGAUGGAUGAACAACUCAAUUGGAAAGAACGUGGUGUUGGAUACAUUAAACUCAAUGUAAAAUCAAACACCAUGAAAUCCCCACGUCUUGUAAUGAGAGCCGACGUUGUUUUUCGCCUUAUACUCAAUGUUUCAUUAUUUGAGGGUAUGCCGGUUCAACUUGAAGAAAAUUUUGUGCGCAUAGUUGCCAUUGAGAACAAUAAACCCGCCAAAUACGCAAUUAAGCUAAAUAACGCGGAUGUAUCUCAGGAACUUUAUAUGAAGAUAUUGAACUGCAUAAAAGCGUCACAAUCUUCCAGUAAAUCAUUAGAAAAAUCGAUAACUGAGGAAUCUUCCAAAACGACGAAUACGAUGACGACGACUACUGAAAAAGAUAAACAGCUGCAACGUGAUGAAGAGCUGCAACCACCACAACUACAUUUACAAGAUAAAGAACAAGGACAAUCAUAA